CUUAAAGGUAGCAUUAUGAUCCUUGUGUUGAAUAUAACUCCAAGAAGCUCUGAGAUUUCUUACUUUCAGCAGUUUCUUUCACAUGGGUCUAAUUAAUAAUCUCAAUUGAUUCUUUCUUUGUUGGGUUCGGAUUUUCUGUCAGCUUAGCUUCACUCCCUCGGUUGUGGGAAAGGCUCUUGAACGGAGUUGGUUGUAACAUCUCUCUACUGGAGAAAAUUCCUGUUACAAGGUGUCUGCUCAUACCUUUGAUGGAGACUAGAAGAAACAUGGUUCAGACACUAGAAGCUAUAAAGGGUGGUGGAGGAUCCAUCAGGGUUGGGACCACUGGGACGGUCAGUUCCCUAAUGACAAGAGAAUUAGAGUCCAUCAAAGUUGCACCUCCGAUGCCUGCAUCUUCCAGAAGUAAACAUCAAACAGCUUCUGUUUCUGUUCCCUGUGGUGCUACUACUCCGAAAAAGCUACAACCAAAAAAAUCAUGUGAUGAAGCUAGCAGCAGUGGAACCAGCAACUACAUUAAUCAGAGACGCCCUGAAAUUUCACAGAAAACAAAAACUCAUGCCAAAAAGACUAGUCAGAUCCCGAUACUGAGCUCUGAUAAUGUUGGUCUGGAUAGAACUCCUAGUAGGCAGAAAACUAGUAAAAAAGGACCUAACAUUGUUGAAGUUGUGGACUUAAAAUGUGGGAACUCAGAUAGAGCAUGGGCUGGCCCUAUAACGAAUCGACUGAAGAAGCUGGGCUUCUCAAAGCUCUCUGAGAGCAUUGUCUAACCUGGUAAUUUCUUCACAUCAGAUCUUAGAUUCCUGUAACUGUAUACAGAAAUCCCAAUUGGUCGAUUGCUGUCUGAAACUUCCACCAUAGAACAUAUGCUUGGUAGGAUCCUAGUGCGUCGCUUUU